GGACACGCCCCCUAGUGGUAGAAGAAGGCGACAACAGGGAAGACUGACAACAGCUGCGACCUCGCGGUGACACUGGAGGGCAGAGCGGGAGCCGCAGAGGAAAAUGGCUUACAUGGGAAGGGUCAUGCGGGCAAUUCGGGUGCUGGAGUUUGGGAAACCUGAGGUUCUGAACUUCUUUAAAGAUGUCCCAGUCCCUUCACCAGGACAGAACCAGCUUUUAAUCCGAGUGCACGCAUGUGGAGUUAACCCUGUGGACACUUACAUCAGAGCUGGCAUGCUUGAACCAAAGCCUAGGUUACCCUUCACGCCCGGUUUAGACACAUCAGGGGUAGUGGAGGAUGUUGGCAGCAGUGCCAGCUCAUUCAAGAAAGGAGAUCGCGUGUUCACCACAAAUACAAUCACGGGGGGAUAUGCGGAGUACGCCGUCGCCUCUGAAGAUACGGUCUACCAACUGCCCGAGCAGCUGAGCUUUAAGCAAGGAGCCGCCAUAUCUAUUCCAUACUUCACUGCCUACAGGGCCCUGUUUCAGAAAGCGCAGGGCAAACCCGGAGAGGUGGUCCUCGUACACGGUGCCAGUGGGGGAGUGGGGAUAGCGGCUUGUCAGAUCGCCAGGGCCUGCGGAUUCAAAGUGCUAGGCACUGCCAGCACCCCUGAAGGGUUAAACCUGGUCUUACAGAAUGGAGCCCACAAGGUGUUCAACCACAGGGAGAAGGAUUACAUCGAGAAGAUCAAGGGAAGUGUCCGUGCAGUGUCCCAGGGGGAGGCUGCAGGAGCGAGCAGGGUUAAUAUCAUCCUGGAGAUGUUGUCCAGUGUUAACCUCAGCAAGGACCUGAAACUGAUAUCGACCGGCGGCCGAGUGAUUAUCAUUGGCAGCCGAGGUUCUAGUGAAAUAGACGGCAUGGACUCGAUGCGCAAGGAGUCCAGUAUCAUCGGAGUUUCAAUUUUUAACUCUACUAAGACAAGUAUGGCUUCUGUGGGGAGGUUUAUGCGAAGUAUUCGGGUCUCGGAGUUUGGCGCGCCAGAGGUUCUGAAGCUGCUGUCUGAUGUCCCAGUGCCUUCACCAGGAGAGAACCAGGUUUUAAUUCAAGUGCGCGCGGCUGGAGUUAACCCCGUGGACACUUACAUCAGAGCCGGCGUCUAUGCCCGGAAACCCAACUUGCCUUACACACCCGGUUCUGACGUAUCAGGAAUCGUAGAGGAAGUUGGCAAAAACGUGACCACGUUUAAGAAAGGAGAUCGCGUGUUCACCACCAAUACAAUCACGGGGGGAUAUGCGGAGUACGCCGUCGCCUCUGAAGAUACGGUCUACCAACUGCCCGAGCAGCUGAGCUUUCAGCAAGGAGCCGCCAUAUCCGUUCCAUACUUCACGGCCUACAGGGCUCUGUUUCCGAAAGCGCAGGGCAAACCCGGAGAGGUGGUCCUCGUACAUGGUGCCAGUGGGGGAGUGGGGAUAGCAGCUUGUCAGAUUGCCAAGGCCUGUGGAUUCAAGGUAUUUGGGACUGCUGGCAGCCCCGAAGGAUUAAAUCUGGUUUUACAAAAUGGAGCCCACAAGGCGUUCAACCACAAGGAGAAGGAUUAUAUCGAGAAGAUCCAAGAGGCUGCAGGAGGAGAAGGGGUUAAUAUCAUCCUGGAGAUGUUGUCCAAUGUUAACCUGAGCAAUGACCUGAAACUCCUAUCAAAUGGCGGCCGAGUGAUUGUUAUUGGCUGCCGAGGUUCUAUUGAAAUUAACCCCCGAGACACAAUGGCCAAGGAGUCCAGUAUCAUCGGGUGUUCACUCUUCAGCUCCACUAAGGAUGAUUGGAAGGAGGCCUCAGCUGCCCUCUUUAAGGGGAUGGAGAGCGGAUGGCUAAAACCAUUGAUUGGGCCUGAGUAUCCAUUGGAGAAAGCCCCUCAGGCCCAUCAAGACAUCAUCCAGAACAGCGGCGCCACCGGCAAGAUGAUCUUUGUCCUGUGAGCUGUCAAUCUGAUUGACUGCGACGAUAAAUCCCAGAUGUGACAACCAACAUGGAGGAUCACCCAGUUCUUCCUCUGUUCUUUAAUGGUGCUUGAUCAAAAUCUUUAAAAACAAAAAUAAGGCCCUGAUUUAUCAUCAGGGUACUACGUGUCCAUUACUGCUAAUUUAGGGUAUGAUGACAUCUGCGGCAUGCCUGAUCCGGCACAAAUGUCGGCUGAACAAAGAAGUUGCAUGCAAUGUAUUUUGUCCAGCUGAAGUCUUGGAUUUGUGCCAGAAAGUGGCCACCGGACCCCAUUAUAGUCAAUGGAGAUCCAGUGUUAACUGUACAAUCUGACAAUUCUGUAUCCAGUGAAAUCCGGCAGGGUACUGUCUGCCAGAUCCACUGCCGCAUAUGCGACCCUACCCUGAGCAGCAGAUUCAUCAAUAAGCCUCACCUUGCUUGGUAAAUUAGGUGCACGAAGACAAUCCAGAUCCACCUUCUGCCUGAAUUAGCUGCCACCACUGCUGACGUGAACCUUCCUGAUCCACCGACGAUCAGCCUAUUUAUCAUGGAGGCCAGAAAGCCUGGAGAAGGAGCCGAAUCAACUGAGGAUUUUUUUGUGAAAAUAAUAAAAAACAAACAAAAAAAAAAA